AAAUCCACAUCUAUCCAUUAAUCUCAAUUCUCACCAGCGAGCAGCAGCCGAUAACAAUAAUGGCUUUCCAGCACCAUCGUCGUCGUCCAUGGCGCCUCCUAGCGGUACCGGUGGCAGCAGCAGCAGCAGCAGCUCUCCUCCUCCUCUCCCAGCUGACCGCGGCGGCGACCGCCGGCGGCGGCCCUGGCGACGUGGCCGUGUACUGGGGCCGGCACAAGGACGAAGGCACGCUGCGCGAGGCGUGCAACACCAGCGCGUACACCACCGUGAUCAUCUCCUUCCUCAGCGCCUUCGGCCACGGCACCUACACGCUGGACCUCUCGGGCCACCCGGUGGCGGCCGUCGGCGACGACAUCGACUACUGCAAGUCCAUGGGCAAGCUUGUCCUCCUCUCCAUCGGCGGGCAGGGCGGCGAGUACUGGCUGCCCUCGGCGCAGUCCGCCACCGACGUCGCCGACUACCUGUGGUACGCGUUCCUCGCCGGGAACAGCUCCAGCUCCGGCUCCGGCGCCGCCGUGGCACGGCCAUUCGGCGGCGCGCAGGUGGACGGCAUCGACUUCUUCAUCGACCAGGGCGCGGCGGAGCACUACGACGUGCUGGCACGCCGCCUGUACGGCUACAACAGGUACUACCGCGGCGGCGGGAUCACGCUGACGGCGACGCCGCGGUGCGCGUACCCGGACCAGCGGCUGCAGGGGGCGCUGGCGACGGGGCUCUUCGGCCGCGUCCAUGUCCGGCUGUUCGGCGGCGACCUGCAGUGCGAGUGGGGCCAGUUCGAGUCCUGGGACAAGUGGGCCAAGGCGUACCCGGGGAGCUGGGUGUUCGUCGGCGUGGUGGCGUCGCCGGAGGCCGACGGUGACGCCUACAUGUCGCAGAAGGACCUCUACUAUGGCAUCCUGCAGUUCGCGCACAAGGAGCCCAACUAUGGAGGACUCAUGAUCUGGGACAGGUACUACGACGUGAAGAACCAUUACAUGGUCUGAAUUCUGAUGAAUAAUGACAACGGCCACCUCUCCAAACACACGACGUCAGCCACUUGAAUCUUAGAUAAUCUUGGAGAUUAUUUGUUUGUAUAAACACAUAUAUAUUUGCAACAAUAUAAGUAUGAACAAAUGAAAUGUUGAAGCCAUAAUAUUCUGUGUGCCAUGCGUGUAAUUGAUGUAAGUUUUUUUUUAGAAUAAUGUAAUAACUGAUGUAAGUUAUUCCGACAUCUCUAGAUAUUUCUCUAGAUACCUAGCAAUAAAUAUA